ACCCGUCGGUGACUCAAGAGUUGUGCAGUGUCGUGUGUACCCAAAUAUAAACAGAUCGUGUCGAAAGGCGACUCUUUGUAGAAAUUAGGGUUUUCAGGUUCUCAUCUCUUUCCAUUGCAGACAUGGGAGGAGGCAACGGGCAAAAGGCAAAGAUGGCACGCGAGAAGAACUUGGAGAAGCAAAAAGGCUCUAAGGGAAGCCAGCUAGAUUCAAACAAGAAGGCGAUGUCAAUCCAGUGCAAGGUUUGCAUGCAGACAUUUAUGUGCACCACUACCGAGGUGAAGUGCAGGGAACAUGCAGAAGCAAAGCACCCCAAAUCUGAUGUUUAUACUUGUUUCCCUCAUCUCAAAAACUGAAUGAAACCAACAGAGGAAUGUGGAGAUGGGUUAAGAAUAUGUAAAUCUUUCUAUUACAAUUGAGUUAAGUCCUACAGCAAGGUUGCUUUAUGCAUGUUGUAUUACUGUCUGCAUGAGUGAGGGAAGUGAGUGAUGUAUUUGUUGAUAAAGUGGAAUUGAGUGUUUAAUUGUCAUUCGUAAUGGAAACUUGUUUAAUUAUGAUGAAUGAGUGCCAUUGUUCAUGAAAGGUUGGAAGAGUCUGUAUUCGAUCCAUGCAUCUUCAAUAAUGAAGUUGGGUUACGAAGCCGAGCGUGGCUAUUAUUAAA